AUGGCACAACCUGACCUCACGUCGCAUCAUGUCAACUAUUUAAUAUGGAGGUACCUUCAAGAAUCAGGUCAUGGCGAUGCCGCCGUCUCUUUGCAGCGCGCGUGGUUCCCUGAUCCGCAGACUCUCCCGUUUGCGCCUUACAUUAAAACCCAUGCGCUGGUGUCGCUGGUCCAGAAGGGCCUGCAAUACCACGAGAUGGAAUCCUCGCUGGACAAGGAGGGCAAUCAGAAAAGUAUUUCACCGUCUGAUUAUUUUUUCGGACCAGAGCCCUUUGAAAUUGGAACUAAAACUGGAUCGGUGGAAAGUCGCGAUGAGGCUGUCGGCACAGACCCAGAUUCGCCGGGUCAACUUGCGCGCGACCGCCCGGUGAACGGCCAUGCCGAGCCCGGAAAGGACACCCGAAAGGACGAAACUGAUAGCGAUGAAUCCAUGGAAGACAAGGCGCAAACUGAAAGUCAGCCAGAUACUGAUCAUAUGGAUGAAGAUGGUGAUGUCAGCAUGGCCGAGGAGAUCCCUGAACUACCCACUAUGGAAAACGGCGAGAGCUCUCGCGUCCAGAUCGCCCCCGCCAAGCCCAUCGAUUUGACCCCCGACACCGCCCUGCUGAAUCCGGAUCAUCACGUGACCCACGCCGUGUGGCGCCCUCGAGAUCCCACUGUGGUUGUGGGAGCUGGUGACCUCUUUUGCAGCUUAUGGAAGCUGUCAAUGUCAUCAGAACCUGUGCAGAAGAAAAUCCUUGAGCUCAAGAAGGGUGACACAACUGUCUCAACCGUAGCCUGGGAUGCCAUUGGUGAGAAAUUGGCCGUCGCGACUUGUACUGAUGACAGGGGCACUAUCACCAUGUACAACGUCAAUGGAGAUGCAGUGGAUUUACUACCCGAGGUACCCCGGCUCAUCACUGGCUUGCAUUGGGCAUCCGGUAGCUCGCAACUGGUCGUUGUAGCCUCGAAUCAUAACGUAUCGGAACUCGCGCUUUGGGACGACAGCCGCCGACCAGAUGUUUUCCCUCCACCUCAAAUAAUUGAGAACCAUAUCUAUGAUCUCGCGUGGUGUGGACGCAACCUGGUAUUCGCUUCUGGUGAUGGUGCAGUCUAUCAAUGCGAAGUGGACAACAGCAUCCGUUUGAUUAAGACCUUCCCUUCUCCCAGAGAUAACGCAACCUGGGAGUUUAUUCGCUGUGUCCAAACCGAGUUCCAUUCAGUCGCUAUCGUGGCUUCUGGACUGAGCGCUUCGAUUUGGAUCCCCACUCAUGACAUUCUUAUCUCCAACGCCCACAAGGACAGAAUCACCGGCAUUGAUAUCAGUCCUCAAUUUGAUCCCCAUCGUAUUGAAUUUGCCUCUUUCUCGGCGGAUGGUAAGGUCAAGGUUUGGCAAGUCAACCUCGAUAUAAAGGAUUACACAAACGUUCAUCAGCUGAGCCUAGACUCAAACCCCGCUAUUACCGGAUCUUUCUCCCCCGAUGGAUAUGCUCUCGGUGCAGCUAGCAAGGACGGGAUCUUUAUCUGGAACGUUGAACACCCUGGUGGUAAUCUUAUGUCUACCUGGACUGCAACUAGCCCCGAGGUGAAGAAAGAAGAAGCCGACCGCAUAACCAACGGACAUAAUGGACACCAUGGACAGAAUGGUCAUUCAUACCCAGAUCCCCAUCGGGCCCUUUCCUGGGAUGCAGAUGGAAAACGACUUGCCUAUGGCUUCAACAAACAGGUACGCUCCCUGAUCUAG